AUGAUUGAAAAAUUGAAUCAAUUAUUUAAUAGUUUAAUGUCAUCACAACAAAAGAUGAGUGAAUUGUCAUUAUUUGGAAAGUUAUCAUCUUCAUCAUCACUGACACAAAUAUUAAUAUUUAUUAUUAGUAUUAUAACAGGUGGAUUCCGAUAUUAUCAAACAAUUAAUAAUAAUAGAAAAUCAAUAACAUUUAAUUCAAUACCAUCACUACAAUCAUCCAAUAAUAAUAAUAAUAAUAAUUUAUCAUCAUCAUCAAUAACAUCAUCAAAUGUAAAUAAUCAACAACAACAACAAAUAAGGAAAGUAUUAACAUCACCUUAUUUUGGAGAGAGACCACAUUAUUUUCUACCACCAUCAGAUGUAGAACAAUACAGAAAAACCAUCAGUAAUAAUUCUAAUAAUUCUAAUAAUUCUAAUUCCAAUAAUAAUAAUAAUAAUAUUAAAAAACAAAUAGAACAUUAUUAUAUUCCAUAUCCAAAUGAUCCACCACAUACAUUUCCAUCAAUCAAGGCUAGAAAUUUAUUUACAAAAUCACCUAAAAAAUUAAGUCAAAUUUAUAUAGAAAGAAUUGAUCCUAUUAAUAGAUCUAAUUUAAGAACAGGUGCUAAAUUAAAAGUACCUUUACAACAAUUAGAAGAAAGAUUUAGAACUGUUUAUUCAAAUGCAAAUGAAAAUGGUUUAGAAAUUACUAUUAAUAGUAAAUCAGAUAAACCUUUUGAAAAAUUAGGACAUUUUAAAAAUGAUCAUGUUUAUGAUUUUCAUAGUACAGAUGGUUUAUUAUCUCCUCCUUUAUAUAAAUAA